UGAAAGACCCAUCAAAUGGAAGUCAAUAGUUUAAAAGAGAGGGUCAGAGGGAGUGAGAAGGGAGUCGGUAGUUAAUCUCCUUCGUUUCUUGUUCGCUCUGCAAAAAGGAACAGCCCCUUGAACAUCCAACAUGAUUCCAGCCCUUCUUGUCGAUAAGAACCACGUUCUCCUACAUCUUUUAGAAAGCAUGGCUCCUCACCUGCCGGUUUUCUUCUCCUCUGUGAAGCUCUUGAAGUACGUGAAACAUGGCUACCAAUACCUCACCACCCACAUCAUUAUCUUUGUGCUCCUUUCCAUCAUGGUGACCGUCAUGGUAGAGGUAACCCGCAAUAACCCCGAUGGCGAUGAGUUCCUGGUCUUCUGCCACUCCCUGCACUCCAACCUCAUCCCAGUCCUCUCCUCAUUCUUUCUUAUCAUUACGGCCGCCACCGUCUACUGCAAGUCUCGCCCUCCAUCCGUCUUCUUGGUGGACUUCGCCUGCUUCAAGCCACCGGAGACAUGCAGAAUCCCGUUUGCGGCAUUCAUGGAGCACGCUCUCAACCACUCGGAUGAGACGGAGCGAGUCAAUCCCUCGCAGUUCUUCCAGAAGAACAGCGUCAACUUCAUGAUGAAGAUCCUGGAGAGGUCCGGCCUCGGGGAGGAGACAUGCCUGCCACCAGCUUUGCACUACGUCCCUCCCGACAACAACAUGGAGGCAGCCAUGGCCGAAGCAGAGCUUAGCAUCUUCUCCUCCGUGGAUGCGCUCUUUAGGAAAACAGGUGUCAAGCCAAAGGACAUCGACAUCCUCGUCGUCAACUGUAGCCUAUUCUCGCCGACUCCUUCUCUGGCAUCCAUGGUAAUCAGCAAGUAUAAGAUGCGGAGCAAUAUCAAGAGUUUCAACCUCUCCGGCAUGGGCUGCAGUGCGGGACUGAUCUCCAUCAACCUCGUCCGCCACCUUCUGCAGGUGCACCGCAACUCGUAUGCUGUCGUUGUCAGCACCGAGGUCAUCACACCCAACUGGUACGACGGCAAUACUCGCUCCAUGCUGCUGCCGAACUGCCUCUUCCGAAUGGGCGCCGCCGCCGUUCUCCUGACAAACCGCCGGUGCGAACUCACCCGUGCCAAGUACCGCCUGCUUCACGUGGUGCGCACCCAUAUGGGUGCCGAAGACACGGCAUAUGGCUGUGUGUUCCAGCAGGAGGAUGGUGAAGGGAAGGUGGGGAUCAAGCUCUCCAAAUACCUGAUGGCCACCGCCGGCGACGCACUCAGGUCGAACAUCACAACGAUUGGGCCGCUUGUGCUGCCGGUGUCGCAGCAGCUGCUGUUCCUGAUUGGGCUCCUCAGCAGCAAGGUGUUGAAUCGCAGGUGGAAGCCAUACGUGCCGGACUUCAAGCAGGCGUUCGAGCACUUCUGCAUCCACGCGGGGGGGAAGGCAGUGAUCGACGAGCUGGAGAGGAACCUACAACUGCGGCCGGAAGACAUGGAGGCGUCGAGGAUGACGCUGCACCGGUUCGGCAACACGUCAUCGUCGUCGCUCUGGUACGAGCUGGCCUACAUCGAGGCCAAGGGGAGGAUGAAGAAAGGGGACAGACUGUGGCAGAUCGCCUUUGGCAGCGGAUUCAAGUGCAAUAGCGCGGCCUGGAUAUGCAUCCGCACUGUCGAGACGCCAUUAGAGGGCCCCUGGUCGGACUGCAUCCACAGGUAUCCAGUUGACAUCCCUGACGUCAUUAAGCUCUAGGCGUGUCGGGUUUUAUUCAUGACGUUCAUGAAUCUCUUCCUUCCCGGCUCCUUCUUGUAUUAAUCUUUAAUGUUGGGAUGUUUGAGCGAUGCUGCAAAACAAUGGUGGUAUCCUGUUA